AUGCUGUUUCAAGUUUUUGCCUUACUUGCAAGCUGUUUACUUGCUGUUCAAGGGCUGAGUCUGACUGGUUCAAGAACUCUAGUGGUCCAUGACGACAAAAACGUUCCCUCGGCAGAUUACUCUAAAUUCGUUACUCUUUUGAAGGGUCAUUCGCUCGAAUUGAGCUUUGUGGAUGUGUCUGAGGAGGAUGUUGACACGAUAGAGCUAUUCCAGAUGGAGGACAGAAAGUAUGAUAACCUGAUCGUUUUCCCUAUAAAGGGUAAGCUAUUGAACAAGAAAGUCUCCUCUAAGGCCCUGUUGCAGUUUUUCGACAAAGGUGGCAACAUCUUCACCAUGACCUCUCCCAAUGCAGUUGCUGAACCGCUGCGCAAUUAUUUGAACCAAUUGGGUAUAUAUCCAUCUCCAAAGGGCCAGCAACUCGUAGACUACUUCCAAUCCGACAGUGCCGAGGAAGUUCUGAAGGUGUCCUCGAACUUGCUACAGAACAGAUUUGUCUUCGAAUCUCCAGAUGGCAAAACCAGUUUCUCAUUUGGCAAAUCUUCCGUGGCUUUAUUGGAUAACCGUGAACAGAUCGUUCCAAUUCUAAGAGCGUCGCAAACCGCAACCAUCAAUGGUAAGGGCGACGAAGAACCUUGGAUUGAGGCCGGUUCGCAAGGUUAUGUCGUGACCGGGUUUCAAGGUUUGAAUAAUGCAAGGACUUCCUGGGUCGGCAGUGUUGACUUCUUGAAGGACGAGUCCUUCAACACCAAUGAUCAAUUCAUCAGUGAGUUGAUCAAGUGGACUUUCCAAGAGAAAUCUGUCAUCAAGAGCACUGGCGCCUUGCACACUCAUGCUGAUGGCACUCCAUACGAUACUUUAAAGUACAAAGUCAACGACGAAGUCAAUUACAAGGUCGGUCUAUCGGAAUGGGUUGAUGACAAGUGGGUGCCCUUUGUCGCGGAUGACGUUCAGUUCGAGCUGAGACAGGUUGACCCAUACUAUCGCCUAACCAUGGUUGGUGCUGAGACGGAUGGGGAAGUGCAAUACUACACAACUGGCGAUUUCAAGUUACCGAACCGUCACGGUAUGUUCACUUUCUUAACAGACUACAGAAGAGAAGGUCUGACAUUUAUCCGCGAGGCAGACGUCAGGGCAAUCCGUCAUCUAGCAAACGAUGAAUAUCUACGGAGUUGGGCCAUCACAAACGCGUGGGUCUAUAUGGCCACCAUCUACGUGGUAAUCGUUUCGUUUGUCGCGUUUUUGAUAAUCUUUUUGACCACCUCUUCAAAGGACAAGAAAGCUACUGUCACAAAGAAAACCAAUUGA